AUUUAGGUUCAUUUUUGUAAUUCAUAAGAAAAGCAUUUCAGUUUUUUUGUAGGAAAAAGGUUAUUCAUAUUCUUUGUUUGACAGAAUGAGGUGCCAACAAUUUUGCUGCCCAUUUUCCCAUUUUCAUUUUUCCUCUGUUGAAAUUGAUAAGCAAUGGCAGAGUCAAGAGAUAGGAUCACGAGGGCCGUUGAUAUAGCCGAAGUCUUGGCUCGAAGACGGUCUGGGCCUUCAGGAAUCCUUUCAGAUGCAGCACUGGAGUUGUUAGGCUCCCCAGUUCAACAACCAGUUACGCGUAGGCCAAUGGGUAUUGGUCUUACUACUGCCACGGCCAGUGGUGGAGGGCUCCGAAGAGGAAACCGUUUCGGGACUCCAAGAACCGGUAUUAGACUUGGCUGGAAUCUUUACCGAUCGUCGGCGACUGCGAGUGACAUGGGCCGUGGAACGGGUCGAGGUGCGGGCAGUGUGUUACCUUCUUCGUACCCAAGAACUCCUCUCCGUGAUAUUACCGCAGUUGUAAGGGCCAUUGAAAGGAGGAGAGCAUGUUUAGGAGAAGGUGAAGGCCAGAUAACUGAGAGCCCCAUAUCCCAGGAUGAAAGGGUUCUUAAUUCAAAUGUAUCAUAAUGUGCUUAACUCGAGCACAAUUUCUCUACUCCAGCAUCAACUGUCAGGUUGAAGGCUCGUCCUCCAUCAGUCCUUAAUGUGUCAAAGAUCUUGCUUAAUGUCACUAAUCAGAAUGACGAGGAAUCAGAACUUCUUACACCCCAAAAGAAACUAUUGAACCCCAUUGACACUGUAGAGAAAGCUGUGAUGGAGGAAUUACAGAAAAUGAAGAGGACUCCCAGUGCUAAGAAAGCAGAAAGACAAAAGAAAGUCCGCACACUGAUGUCAAUGCGUUGAUCUCUAGUGCAUUAUGCCACCACAAGGAUUGGGAAGACAGCAUCAGUGAGGACAACUGGAAGGCUAGAAAUUCAAAGCCACGUUGCAGUGGAAGCUGGCUAAUCAUCCUCUGAUGAUAUAUUUACAUUCUUGAACUUCUACCAUAUAGCAUGAUCCUUUCUAUAUUUUCUUUUGCGGCUUGACGUAUUACCAGAUGUCUUAACUAUAGGAUCAGGACUGAGGAGGCUAUUUUCCUUCAAUCCUCGCUGAAGGCCCUGGUAUAAGAUUGGUAAGCAGUCUUGUUUUCACUCUCCUUCAUUCUUUAAAGGGGCUAGUGUAGGAAUAGGAGGAUUUUGUUUCAAACCAUGUAGAUAUACAACCUGUUUAGGCUUGGUUCACAUUUUUCUGUGCUCUAUAUUCAUCUUACCAUAUACCAUUCAAGUAUCAUAAGAAUGGAUUCUACCAAUUUUUGUUCACUUUAUUAAUUGGUGCAAUGUUUUGCAUCUUUUUGCCCUGUUCCCUAGUACUUUGUUUAGGGUUUUUGACUUGAAAAAAAAAAUUGUAAAAGAUUUGUACAGUUAAAAAGUCAACC